GUUGAAGAUGCAGAGCAGGCGGCUUGGGGCCGCAGUGUAAUGCUUGGGGACGCAGCACCGAGCAACUCGGGGCUCAGCUCUUGGGGACCCGUAAGGCCCUACAGCCAGCCUGGCCCUCAUCAUCCCUGGGGUUCCGUGGUAGGGCUGUGCCCCUCCAGCCCCCCAGCAGUCCCUUGCCGGGGCAGGGGCUGGCCGUGCAGCUAGCUGCUCCACGGGGAGGGUGCCCGCCCCUCCUGGGGACCCUGCUGGCCUCAUUUUGGGGUGUCCACUAGAGGGGCUGCCCAGCCCUGGGAUGUGCCGCGGCCCCUCAGCUCUGGACCGUCCGGGAUGGUUUUGCUGAUGUGUCACAUUUUCUGCAUUUCUUUCCUCAUUCCUCUCUCUCUGGAGCCGUUUCUGGGAAUGGGCUCGUCCCCUGCCAGGGCCAGAUUUCCUCCCACCUUGCCCUGCCUGCUGUCCUGCCCCCCAUCCUUCCCACUGCCCUGCUGCCCAUCCUUCCUGCUGGUCUGCCUCUCCUCCUGGCCGCUGUCCUGUCCUGGUGGCCUUUGUGCUGUGCCUGGCCUUGUCUCUGCCUGACCCUGCUCUACAGGGCCCCACAGCAAAGGGCCAAGGCUGGAGCUGGGCUGGAGCAGUGUGGGGGACAGGGACAGGGACAGGGACAGGGGCAGUGUCCCAAGCGGGCAUGUAGAGCACACAUGUGUGCACGUGAGCACGGGCAGCCUGGUUCUGGGACCUUGCUCUGCCCCAUGACCCAUCCCAUGGCCGGGCACGGGACAGAAAGCCUGGCUCAGUGCCACAGACCUGCCUGAUGUGUCCAGGAGGAGCCGUCCCGGUCCCUCAGGAAGGAUGGAGGGCGGUGGGAGUGGGACGGCUCCAGUUCAGCAUCUGUGGGGUUCCAGCCCUGGAUGGAGCAGCCCGGCCCAGACACGAGCCCCUGCUCAGCUGGAGCUCAUCCAGGCACAGCCUUGAAAGGGACAGGGGACUCGGGGGGGAUCCCAGCCCCCUACAGAGCAUUGCUCUGCCCGUGUACCGCAGAUGCCAAGCAUGUGCCGUCCCUGGAGCCGCUGAGAACUGCCAGGGAUAGGAUGGAGAGUCGCCAGAGGGACAUGGAGCUGCUCAGCAACAGCAUGGCCGCGUACGCCCACAUCCGAGCCAACCCCGAGAGCUUCGGGCUCUACUUCGUGCUGGGCGUCUGCUUCGGGCUGGUGCUCACCCUGUGCCUGCUGGUGCUGCGCUUGUCCUGCCGGCCCUCCCCGCGGCCUCCGGCGCGCCCCGACGACCUCAGCGAGGACGACGAGGACGAGGACGAGGAGGACGAAGAGGACACCGUCGACCACGCAGCGUCUGAAUCGCUGCUGCCGGUGACCGAGAUCCCGCUAGAAGGCCACGGCCCCGGGGACGGGGCGCUGGCCGUGAAUGUGUUCGCGUCGGCCGAGGAGCUGGAGCGGGCGCAGCGGCUGGAGGAGCGUGAGCGCAUCAUCCGCGAGAUCUGGCGCAACGGGCAGCCCGACAUCCUGGGCUCCGGCACCAUCGGCACCCUGGGCCGCGUCCACUACUACUGAGCCCGGCAGCUGCCCUGGCACGGGCUCUGCUCCCGCACCACUGGACCCACACCGUGCCAGGAGGGACCAGGAGGACAGCGGGGCUGCUUGCUGCCCCUGAGCUGGAGGAGCUGCCUUGGACUGUCCCUGCAGCACGGAGAGACAGACCCCAAUGUCAUUGGCACCCUCGGGGCUGGACUCACCCCCGCCACUGUGGGGCACGAUGCACUUUGAGCCAUUGGUACGACGGCUGGCACCAGCCGAGCAGCCCCGGGACACACGGGGCAGGGACAGGACAGAGCAGCCCUUGCUGCCCGGCUCAGCCGGGAUCUGCCGGGGGUUUCACCCUGUGAGGCACGGCCGGGCUGUGCCGUGGGCCCCUGCCCCACAAACAUGGUGCUGUUCUACACGAGCUAGAGCCCAGUGUGGCGGGUCUGGCGUUUUGGGGGGCCCUGGACACAGGGACGGUCUCGGCCCCUCCCCGAGCUAAUUUCUUUCCCGGCCCCACUAAAAUUAGCCGGGUCUUUUCCGGCACCGCCCGCCGUGACCCAACGCCCUGCGGCCGGACCGAGGCGGAUGUUCCUGCUGGACUUUGGGCCGGCCGCUGCUCCCCAGGGAUGCGGCAGCUCCCGCCGGGCUGGGCUGCAUCCUGCCCCACUCACAGCCCCACGGGGUGCUGGCCCCCCUUCCCUAGCAGCUUUAUAAAAAUAGCUCCUUCCCAGGCUGGUUCCCCCCCGCCGCCAGCGCCAGCAAAAUCCAGAUGUUUUCCAGAUGUUCUCCAAUGGCUGGAGGCCAGGAUGGGCUGGGACUGGAGCUGGCCUGGGAAACUGUGCGGGGGUGGAGGCAGAGGAGGGAGAGCUGGAGGGAGAGAAGGAGGAGACCCUGCCCCAACCCUGCCCUGGACACCCCAUCCUUGUGCCACGGUGGGACCCUUUGUGCCCGGCAGGACCAGGCCAGCCCUUCAGGGGCAUGGCAGCCAACAACAGAGCCCUGAGCAGCUCCCACACAGAACUCUGUACCCAAAACAGUUUAUUUUAAACAAUUUCUAUAGAUCCAGGGGCUGUUAUUCUUCAAGGAGCAGUGUCUGGGUGUGGGGUGGGCAUUUGUACCCAAUGGGUGCAGAACUGGGCUGGGGGCAGCGAGGCCAGGGGGGUACACGGAACCAUGUGCCACCCACCUGCCCUGUUCCAUAGGCGGGCACCGUAGCCCCCACAUGCUAACUGGCCAGCCCCUUCCUCACUUGCUCUGUCUACACCUGUGGGGAAAGGCUGUGAUUGUUGGGGGACAUAGGGAACCCCAGGAUGAGGCAACCCCUGCCAGGGACUCACCUGCAGCGCCUGGCGCUGAGUCCGCUCCUGGCACAGCUCUUGCUGCAGGUCCUGAAGGUCCCGCCUGCAACACGCCAGGAUGGCUCAGCCGGGGCCAGAACAAGCAGCAAAUGGCCAGGAGCCACUGGGGACUCCCUGACACCCCCAUCCCCACUCACAGGUGCUGGACUUGCAUCAGGUCCACAAGGAUGUGCAGGGUGAGGACCUCAGCCUUCAGGUCCUCCAGGGCUACUGACCUCCCCUCCAACACCUCCAGCCCAUCUGUGCUCCAUGGCGGGACAGACACUUGUCCUGAGCUGGGGACAGGGGCACAGAAGGCAGCAUGGGGCAGCCCCUGGGUCUGCUCUCCCUCACAGGGUCCCCCCAUGCUCCCUGGGGCGAUGCUGGGUGGCUGCUGGCUGGGUACUUGUGGCCGCAUGGCUGUGGGGUGGCUCAGCCUGGCUGUGGUAACCAACACUGUGUUGAAGCCAUUGGCAUCUGCCAGAGAAAGAACAGGAAUCAGCACCUGGUCCUGGGCAGGGCCCAGCCACCCCUGCAGCCCCUGCACGGCCCCUGCAGCCUACCUGGGUCACCGGCUGUGCCCUGCUCCAUGUCAGCUGAGGCACUAGGCUGGGGGUCACUGGGCCUGGGGACAGCAGAGUUGUGAAGUGGCACAGCUGGGGAGCUGCCAGCCCCACACCAGGACAGCCACAAUGGGGCUGGCACUGGGACAUUGCAGUGGCCCUGGACACCCCAGUACAGCCACUUGUUUCUUACUUGGUGGCCAGCACGGGGGCUGGUUUGGACUUGGCAGGAACUGGGGGAGCAGGAGCCAUCCUCUUGGUAAAUGGGAGCUUGGUUGGUUUCAUCCUUGCUGGUGCUGGGAGUUCUGGAGAGAGGCAGGAGCAGGGCUGAGGCUGGGACUGGCACUGACAAGAGUGGGGCAGGAAGUGCUUCCUGCAUGUGCCAUUCCCUGGCCCAGGGGGCCUCGCCCAGGCACAUCCCUGUCCUUCCCUCUCCUCCAGCCCAGGACUCACUCCCUGUCCUCACCCUCACAGUCCAUCUGUGGCUGCAGCUGCUGGGGAGCAAUGGGGCUCAUCAGGUGCUGGGGAAGGACCCUUGUGAGAGGUGAGGCCUCUCACAGCCCCACACCAGCCCUGCUGUGGUUGGCGUUUCCUCCGUGUGUGGCAGAGCAGCAGCAGCUCCCUUGAGCACCAGUGCUGCAGCAGGGGCAGGAUGCCAUUCCACCACCAUCACAGCAGCACCGCUGCACCCUGGGGUCAUGCCAGGACAAGCCCACUGGCGUGGUGUGACACAGGACAUCAGGCCAUGGACAUGUGCCCAUGGACCACCCUGUUCUCACAGCAGGUCCCCCUGUCCCCAUGGUCAGCUGCACUGUCACUGUAGUGGGUCAUCAUGUCCCUGUGGUGGGCCAGCAGCCCUGAUGGUGCCUGGUGCUUGCUGCUGUCACCAGCACAGCCCUUGUCACAGAGACCUUGCAGACACCAAAGAUGUUGCUGGUAUCACCCAAAGAUAUGGCUGAAGCUCCAAGGGCUGCAGGGAUGAGGACACCCCUAUCCAAGGCCCCAGUGCUCCUCCGCUCUGGUGGCUCCAGGGGUGAUGGUGCUCAGAGGUGCUUGGCAUCCUGCCAGCCCCUUAUGGGCAGCUCUCCUGGAGCCCAGGGCACGGCCCAGCCCUGGAGCAGUGUGAUCCCACACAAGUGCUGCCGUUGGGAUGAUCCCUGUGCCCGGGACCCUCGAAGACGCCACUGCUCCCCUCUACCUGCUGAUGUGGGGCUGCCCCCGAGGCCGAGUGGUGCCGUGCAGUGCCAGGCUUCCCCAGCCCCAUACCACACGUGUGAUGCCAGAGGAAAUCAGCUCUGUGCUGGGAAGGAAGUUGAAGCAGAGCACACCUCGGUGCUGGUCCACACCGCAUCCCCGUGCCCCACCAGAGGACUCCUGCUCCGGAGCCAACCUCGUGCCCUUCCUGGGGCUGCCUGGCCAUCCUAGCGGGAUACCAAAGCUCCCAGCACAUGAUGGACACCAGGGCCAGACCCACGGGACUCUCUGUGAUGGGAAGGCAGCGUCAGCCUCGGCUGUGGGAGAGGGUUUGGGUGAGGAUGGGAUCGCAGGCAGGGACCGCUGGCACAGCAGAGCCCCACAGAGCCGUGUGUCCCCUGGCCAUCCCCAGCUUGGAGCCCCCACCCACCCACCUUCUCCGGCCCUGGGCAGGGCUGUGCCAUCUGUGCCACCGUGGGGGUCCCUGUGUGACAGAGCUGCAAUUGCAGGGGCAGCUGGGGCCAGUGCAUGGGUGAGAGGACCGCAGCUGGGUGACAGCUCACACUCACCAGGGUCUCACAGUGGUUCUGUCACCCUGAGCCAGAGGGGAAGUGAAACCCAAACCACAGAGGGGCCAAAACCCACAGACUGUGUGACACCAGGGAUCCUGGCUGGUCCUGGCCUGUGCCUGGUCCAGGAGACAGCGUGGAUAUUCCUUCUGGCCAAAUGCAUUUGACCCAGGCAAUUGAACUGACAGCAGGGCCGGGAAUCAGCCAUGGAACAAAGCAGGAUGGCAGAACAGAGGUUCCACUGCAGACCAGGAGGCUGCACUCCCCAGGUGUGGCCACUCAGGCCAAGGAGCUGGGAACACUGGGCACCUCAGGCUGGCUCAAGGCUGAGUGUGACAAGAAACACCAACUGCUAUCCCAGCACUGUCCCAACAGCUCUUGGCCAACACCGUUACCCACAGCAGCCAGGAAAUAUGAAUUUCUGCAAACCCCACACACCCAGCGGCCUCCCCAGCACCCCUCUUGGGACAGCAGUGAUGGAAAAGCAGCAGCAAGGGCAGCACACGGGGCUGCAGUGUGUCCCUUGUGAGCUCCUGGGAGGAGCUUGGGUGUGGGAAGUAUAGAGCUGGUCCUGUGCAUGGGUGACACAAUCCCUGCUGGUAUCAGGCUGGGGAAGGGCCUGUGGCUGUGUCACAACUGUCCUCAGGCACUUAAUGCCAAAACAGGGGCUGAAUGAUCUAUUAAUGUAUAAAACCCGACAGGGAGUUGCUCCCCUGUUGCUCCAGGCACUUGGUCCUUUCAGGCUCCCCCCUGGCAACUCAGGACACAAACCAAGCAGAGUUACACCUACAACUUAUUUUAUUGUCUUUUAUUUGCAUAAACAAACUUCAGGGCUUUGCUAAACAGGAACUGUUCAAGUCAAAACAAACCAAACUCUAGCUGGUGUGUGGGGAACAGCACAGCAAUCCUGGGGAGAGGGACAGGGGGAGCACGGGCACAGCUGUGCCUCCCCGCCCAGGCUCACGACCUGGCCGGGAACCCUCCACAAACUGCUCCAGAAUAUCUUUAAAGUAGAAGAUAAGAAGAAAUGCAUCCUAAGGGCUAUCCUCAACCAGCUCUGGAGGAAUCUGCUUUUUGGUUUUAUAAAAAGAUUAAUAAAAAAUAUUGAAAAAUUCUCAUCUCCAUUUAUAUUUUUCCCCAAGAAGAAUUCAGAAGUUCCUUAGAAAACUGUCACCUUUGAAAGGGCACUCGGGUCACAACCAGCUGCAGGGAGGAGACACAAAUGCUACAAGCAGUUUGGGGGUCCAGCACACACCAGGCCUAAUAGUGAACACAAACAGUGGCCAGAAGUAGGGUGUAAUUUUUUUUUUUCUCUUUUAAACCAUGCUAAUUUUGUUAACUUCCAACAUAAAAGGAAAACAAUAAUUUUUAAAAGGCCCUAAACUCAACUGCUACAUAAAAAACGGUUAAAAAAAAAAAAA